AUCUUGCGUCUGUUGAACACCAACGUCGAUGGCAAGCAAAAGGUCAUGUACGCCUUGACCAAGAUCAAGGGUGUCGGCCGCCGCUACUCCAACUUGGUCUGCAAGAAGGCCGAUGUCGACCUGAACAAGCGUGCUGGUGAGCUCACCUCGGAAGAGCUCGAGCGUAUCGUCACCAUCAUCCAGAACCCCACGCAGUACAAGAUUCCCACCUGGUUCCUCAACAGGCAGCGCGACAUUGUCGACGGCAAGGACAUGCACACCCUCGCCAACGGUGUCGACUCCAAGCUCCGCGAGGAUCUCGAGCGCCUGAAGAAGAUCCGCGCCCACCGUGGUCUCCGUCACUACUGGGGUCUCCGCGUGCGUGGUCAGCACACCAAGACCACCGGCCGCCGUGGCAGGACUGUCGGUGUCUCCAAGAGGAAGGGUGGUUAA